AUCAACAAAUUGACGUAUCAUAUCUUUUAUUCAUCACAAAAAUCAAAAUAAUAUCCUGUCUUAUUCGUUUAUCAUAAAGUUAAGUGGUAACUGCAGCUGCUGUUAUUAUUCUUUUUCGAGUAAUUGGUUUUUCACUGACUUAAUACACACAACCAAGACAGAAAAGCACUGUUUACAAGCGGUAGCCGUUGAGCUCUCCUGCAUCCGUCCCCCACGGAGGCUCGCAGCGAUGCGUCGCGACCCCGCAGACAUGGCUCGGUGAAGCGAAUGGUGGUGCGACUCAGUCGCGUCAAGGGGUUAGAGGGGCGCCGCAAUGACGUGCUGUUCUCGCCGUGCGUGCGCCGCGUGCAAUCGCCGCCCGCGCUCGUGUUCUGGGGCGGCGACGUGCAGGACUAUCCGGAGCUCAUGCAGGCGCACCGCGACAAUCGGAACUAUAUCAAGUGGAACCUCGAAAACACGGCUCGCAUCCUCAGUCAAAACUUCCCCUCCCACCACAUUGUAGUCGUUCGGCCCUCCAGGAUCGAGUACAAGAGUUUCAGUUGCUAUGACAACUUCGUGCCGAGCAACAACGCCGGCGUGCCCGAGCACACGCCCACGCACAGCGCGCUGCUGCACCUGCAGAGGUUACUCCAAGAAGUAAGUAAUCAAGUGAAGAAGAUUCCCGAACAGGAGCUGCUCGCGGGGCUGGAGGCCGCGUCCGAGGACACCGAUGAUUUGAAGAGUACAUCGCCGGCGGAAGGCAGCUCGAACGGAGCGGCAAGUCCAGCACCAGAGACACUCGAGCCGUCGACUCGCCGUCUGUGGUGGCGGCCGAGCUUGGCGCUGCAGGACGGCAGGCUGGCGCUGGCGGGCUUCAGCAAGGGCUGCGUGGUGCUCAACCAGCUGCUGUACGAGUUCCACUACACGCACACACUCACGCCGGCGGACACGCAAGCCACAAGGUUCAUUUCGUGCAUCUCAGCGAUGUACUGGCUGGACGGCGGGCACGCGGGCGGCCGCAACACGUGGCUCGCGUCGCGCUGCCUGCUGGAGACGCUCGUGCGGCUCGACGUGGAGAUCUAUGUGCACGUGAGCCCGUACCAGGUGCAGGACGAGGCGCGGCCGUGGAUCGGCAAGGAGGAGCGCGCCUUCACCGCCAUGCUCAGGCAGCUGGGCGCCAAUGUGAGUACCAGGUGCAGGACGAGGCACGGCCGUGGAUCGGCAAGGAGGAGCGCGCCUUCACCGCCAUGCUCAGGCAGCUGGGCGCCAAUGUGAGUACCAGGUGCAGGACGAGGCACGGCCGUGGAUCGGCAAGGAGGAGCGCGCCUUCACCGCCAUGCUCAGGCAGCUGGGCGCCAAUGUGAGUACCAGGUGCAGGACGAGGCACGGCCGUGGAUCGGCAAGGAGGAGCGCGCCUUCACCGCCAUGCUCAGGCAGCUGGGCGCCAAUGUGAGUACCAGGUGCAGGACGAGGCACGGCCGUGGAUCGGCAAGGAGGAGCGCGCCUUCACCGCCAUGCUCAGGCAGCUGGGCGCCAAUGUGAGUACCAGGUGCAGGACGAGGCACGGCCGUGGAUCGGCAAGGAGGAGCGCGCCUUCACCGCCAUGCUCAGGCAGCUGGGCGCCAAUGUGAGUACCAGGUGCAGGACGAGGCACGGCCGUGGAUCGGCAAGGAGGAGCGCGCCUUCACCGCCAUGCUCAGGCAGCUGGGCGCCAAUGUGAGUACCAGGUGCAGGACGAGGCACGGCCGUGGAUCGGCAAGGAGGAGCGCGCCUUCACCGCCAUGCUCAGGCAGCUGGGCGCCAAUGUGAGUACCAGGUGCAGGACGAGGCACGGCCGUGGAUCGGCAAGGAGGAGCGCGCCUUCACCGCCAUGCUCAGGCAGCUGGGCGCCAA